AGUCAAGCGUCCAUGAUGGAGCUGUAGUGAAAAUUGUCACCUCAAGAUGUUGCGACCUCUGUUUAUUAGUGUGCUGGUCGUUCUGACACAGUGUGCUGAACUGGUCGUGAACACAACAAAUAAAGAAGCGACUUCCAGUGGUACUACAUGUGUCAAUAUCCAGGGUGCCAGUUUAAUGCCAGUAAGCGUUGAACUUCUCAACAACCACAGCGUAGCCGUCAUAAAACUUCACAGAGGCGCGUCGUCCACAGAGGACACUGUUAUCAUGGUGACUCCGUUGCAAAUAAUGGUAUCGUCAUGUAACAUGAAUCAGUGCAAAGAUACUUACAUAACACAAGCAUCGGACAACGGGCCCCUUCUUAAAAUACAAAUACAGAGGCUGAGCGAGCCGAACUAUAUUAACAUUACACGGUCAGAUUCUACAGCUUCUUCUUGGAGCACAAUAACAGAGAAGCCAACUAAAAUGACCCUGUAUUCGGCAACAGGCGGGGCUAAAUUCACGUUAGACUCAGACGUCGACGGUGCCGUAAAUGAAGACUGUAACCAAACUGUGUCGAACAGCAAUAACAACACAAUAGAGUCGCCGACUGUACAAUGCUGGGCCGCUCCACCGGAUUGCAUUGUCACGUUCAAUUCCUCACGUCCGUCGGAGGAUGUCUUCACUGAUUCCAAUGAACCGACGAUAACAGACUCAGACGAAUCCCAUCCGGGACUAAAAACACCUGUGCCGACGGGAAAGAAGCCGAACUUAUCGUAUACAUCGAACGCCCAGUCGACAACCACAUUGACUCCCUCCCCCGGAGACACCACAACCGUGACAUCGCAGCAGCAGCCGCCUCAGGAGGAGGCAUGCUUCACUGAUUGUUACUGUCCUUGUAGCUGGGUGGCAGAGCCCGUAAAUUACACGAAGGAAGAGCUGAACGCAAUUGUUAAGAAGAUCCAAGAGAACCUCAAGGUCGAGGUGAAGAAGUUAAGUUCCACGAUGCGGAAGCUGAACAGCGCAGAGAACCACCGGCCGUCUGCGAAGGCGGUCGGCGUCGUCGGUCUGGUGUUCUUGGUCAUCAUUCUCGGCGGCAUCUUCCUCCUCGAUCUGAAGACCUUUGCGGACGCGUUCCGGACGCUUCUAGACAACGUCCGCCAGCCGUUCCGGCAAUGACUUGCACAACUCCUCAGAGCGGUUGCCUUCCCUAUCGGUUAACGGUUACAACUGCCGUCAGAAGUAACAUUAGGGAGGAUUGAGAAUUUUUUUUUUUUUAUUAAUUGUAGAAGUGCACAUUUCUACCUAACUGGACACUUUUUUCGUAAAAUUGCUUGCAGUAAAUUGAGACAUAUAGAAAAUAGAAUUAAUUAGUAAAACAUUAACCUAUAAAAAUUAACAUUUUAAUUUCAUCGCGUAGUAGUUUAUGCCAGCAGGAAUUUGACGUGUCUAAACAGCGAGAAUUUGUUUGACGUUGGAACAUAGGCUACACGCCUGUGAAUCACUGACAACCUGUUCGACAGUAGUUUAUAUUAAUUAAGAAAACAUAUCUAUUGUUCUAUAUAUUUGUAGUUUUUUUUCGAGUAUACAUUUUAUCAUGAUAUCUUCAAACUUGUGUGCGCUAUUCUCGUGGUCUACCGUGCUUUUAAACAAUUCCAGUAUGUGUAAAUAUUGUUAAAGUAUCUCAGUUUGAUACAUGAAUUGGGAAAGCUUUGAGAAAUAAAAUGUGUUUAUUUUAUCUUAAACCUAACAAUACCUCGGAGAGAGGGUUGGCUAUGAAUCCUUUAUAAAGUAUUGUGCAUUGGUUUCGUGUAUUGUUUAACAUGUUUGUGUCAAUUGUGAAACAACUGUUAAUGUAAUCUUAUAUCGGGUUAAGAUUGCGUUGAAUGUCUUUAUCCGUUGGAUUUUUUAAAAAUGUUACACGCUUUUUAAAUACAUAUCGUGCAAAUAUAAAAGUAAACAAAAAUUAUUUCGAAGAAUGUACGUUUGUGGUCUUCAAUACAUCAAGUGAAAACAUUCAUGUUUCUGUCAGGCUUUGUUAAAACUAAUGCUUAAAUUGUUGUUAUAGUUGUUGCUGCUGUUUUUUUUCUAGACUUUGCCAUAUAAAUCUUGCUUUUAUAUGCACGUACACUGAUGGGAAUGUAUUCAAAUGAUUGUAUUAUUAUUUAUUGUUCAUUUUACUAAAAUAUCAUACAGCACAUUUGUGCAAUCAAUUAUGAUUUUUACUGCAGAAAUAUUUGCAAAAAGAAUCCUAGCUACGAUCU